CAUUUACCAAAUAUUACCUUGCAGGGCAUGGCAAUUGGCAAGCUUUUGAUGAUUUGUUAUUUUGGUUUUUAGGAUUCUUCAAAAAAGAAUUCAAUUUACACAGUUUCCACAGUCUAAACUUAAAUUCAUCAAUAUUUCCGUCUUUGUGCUACAUACAGAAAUAAAGCUUAACUCUUAUGAUGUCAUCUCUAUUUGAGUUGCCUGAUGAAACUGUUGUCUUGGAGCAUCAAAUUGCUGGUCACAGGCAUGAACACGGAAAGCUUUACACAGGUAUGUUGAAGCACAUUGACGGAUAUGUUAUGAAACCAGUCCAAAACAACCAAAGAGGGAAAACAGAAAUAGAAUUUUAUGAGAAAGUAUUUCAAUCCUCUCAUCCAGUCAUCUCUAAACUUAAGCAAAUUGUCCCACACUUUUUUGGUCUGCAUCAGUUUGUUACUGAUUCAGCUACACAUUACUUCAUUAAGCUGGAAGAUGUUGCUGCAGGAAUGGCUAAACCGUGCAUUGCAGACAUUAAAAUUGGGCGACAAACUUGGGAUCCAUAUUCUUCCCCGGAGAAGCAACAUGCAGAAAAUAUGAAAUAUAGAGGCACCAAAGAUCCACUGGGGUUUUGUAUUCCUGGAAUGUGUAUCUAUGAUCUGGCAUCUGAUAAAGUACUAAAAUUGGAUAAACACUACGGGCGUAGUUUAAACUGUGAUUCCGUAAGAGAUGCUUUUUUACUAUACUUCAACAGUACGCAGGUAAUAGAAAGGAGACUAUUGGCGGAGGUGUUGAACCAAUUAAAUGCUGUUCGUCUUUGGUUCGAAGAGCAACGCCACUAUUUGUUUUACGCAACAUCAUUGCUUCUCGUCUAUGAUGCUGACUUGUUAAAAAAAGGGUCCAACAUCUUGAACGUUCGAAUUCGAAUGAUUGAUUUUGCACACGUUUUCCCGGCUCACGAUUCCCAAGACUCUAAUUACCUGGAGGGGUUAUACAAGUUAAUUGAAAUAAUCAGUUCAAUUCAGUAAAUUUUUAAAACAUGUACAGGAUUACUUCCAACAGAGAUUAUGCUGCCAUCUAUUGCUAAUUUACUACCGUUUCCAGCUCUGCCAUUUCUAAGAACUAUUGUCCGGAAGGGAAAUGGAUUGUUUUCCAACAAAAAAGAACCCGCUGCCUUUUGAUUGAUUGUUUGUUGUGUUUCUUUUAUCAAAAGUAUUUUCUGAACAAAAGUUGUGGAAGCAACUAAAUAAAAUAUACCGGAAUUACUGCUUCAA